UGUCUUGCAGCUGGGUCAACGAUUAUGCAACGGGAGAUAGAGAGCGCAGCUUUGAGACCACUUGCGAGGGCGUUAAUUGGAAGCUUAGACUCGUUACGUAACAUGCUCAAGGAUCAAUGUCUGAAGAAUAUUAACAGCUACUCUGAUAAGGUGAAGAUUGCAUUAAAGCAAUUUGAUGUGAUAUUCGCCGAGUUUGAAUUAAGCUAUGUGAGUGCGAUGGUUCCUGUGAAGACUGCCCUCGACUACGAUACGCAGCAGGAUGUCAUUAUAUUAUUUUGCGAGACUGUUGACAGGUGA